CCGGGCUCUGCAGGAAAUGCUCGCCAACCAUGAGGAUCUACAGGCUGGGUCUUCAGAGGCUGCUGGCCACCGCACUCUCCUCUAUGGUCAAGCACUGCUGCUAAGACAUUCCUACAGCGACAUGUAUUUGAGUUGUCUCACCUCCUCUGGACUCUCCGCUGAUAAGCUGGCAUUUGAUGUUGGUCUCCAGGAAGAAGUAGCCGGUGAGGCAUGUUGGUGGACAGUCCACCCUGCAUCCAAGCAGAGGUCAGAGGGAGAGAAGGUCAGAGUGGGCGACGACCUCAUUUUGGUCAGCGUCUCAUCCGAAAGAUACCUACACGUCUCAUGGAGUGCAGGUGUUUGUGAUGCUGGUGUUAGUGUGGAUGCAGCAUUCCAACAGACCCUGUGGAGUGUGGCCCCCAUCUCCUCUGCCACUGUUGAGGCUCAGGGCCACCUAAGAGGAGGGGAUACCUUGCGAUUGCUGCAUGGUCACACAGAUGAAUGCCUAACCAUUCCUCCUGCUGGACAUGGAGAGGAGGAUCGCAGAUCUGUUCAUUUUGAAGGUGGCACCGCAUCAUCUCAAGCUUGUUCUCUCUGGAGGAUCGAGAUGUUAUGCGUCUCCUGGAGUGGGAGUCACACUCGCUGGGGUCAGGCCUUCCGUUUGCGUCAUGUUACCACUGGGAAAUAUUUAGGCAGGUCGCAGGAUGGAGGACUGCAGCUAGUGGAGAGAGAGCAGGCCGACAUCAAGUCCACUGCCUUCUGUCUCCGCACAACGAAGGCACGGCUAGAUGCUGGCCAAGAGUGUAUGGACUUCAAUACAAAGAGAGAGGGGAUGGGGGCACCCGAGAUCAAAUACGGAGACUCUGUCUGUUUUGUCCAGCACGUGGACACCUGCCUGUGGCUCACCUACCAGACCAGCGACUCAAAGAGGAGGAAAGAGAAGGGACUGCAUAAGCAGGCCAUUCUCCAUUCAGAGGGUCACAUGGAUGAUGGGCUCACACUCUCUCGCUCUCAGAGGGAGGAGUCUCAAGCUGCUGGUCUCAUACGUAGCUCUACACUUCUGUUUUCAGGCUUUAUCAGGGGACUGGACGAGAGAACCAACAUUUCAGCCUCAGAACUCCAAAUAGAGAUGUUCUGUCAGAGCUUGCAAGAUCUGAUUGGUUACUUCCACCCACCAAAGGUUGGUCAUGGUCAUGAGGCGAAGCAGAGCAGUAUCAGAACACUGAAGAACAGACAACAUCUGUUUCAAGAAGAGGGUGCCAUUACCUUGGUACUUGACAGCAUUGACCAUCUCCAUCUGUACAACAGUGCGGCCCAUUUUGCGAAGGUUGCUGGGAAAGAGGCAGGAGAUUCAUGGGAGGCCACCCUGAGCUCCCUCUAUGAGCUUCUGGCUGCCCUCAUCCGGGGCAAUCGGAAUAACUGCUCCCAGUUCUCCACAUCUCUGGACUGGCUGGUUGGCAGAUUGGAGAGACUGGAGGCCUCUACUGGUAUCCUAGAAGUGCUGCACUGUGUGCUAACGGAGAGUCCAGAGGCAUUGAACUUCAUUAAAGAGGGUCAUAUUAGAUCUAUAAUCUCACUGUUAGAUAAACAUGGACGCAAUUCGAAGAUCCUGGAUGUGCUGUGUUCACUGUGUGUGUGUCACGGAAUGGCAGUCCGCUCUAAUCAACAUUUGAUCUGUGACACUUUGCUGCCAGAGAGAGAUUUACUGAUGCAGACUCAACUGGUCAAUCAGGUCACCAGCGUUCGCCCAAACAUCUACCUUUGCAUGAGCGAUGAUUGUGCUCAGUACAGGAAAUGGUACUAUGAGGUGGUGGUGGAGAAGGCAGAGCCUUUUGUGGCGGCUGAGCCGACUCACCUGAGAGUGGGUUGGGCCUGCACCGCAGGUUACCAUCCCUUCCCAACAGGAGGUCAUGGCUGGGGGUCCAGCGGCGUAGGGGAUGACCUCUGCUCCUAUGGAUUUGACGGACUGCACCUGUGGACGGGAGGCAUUGGUCAAAGGGUCGGCUCACCAAAUCAGCACCUUCUGAGGGAGGAUGAUGUCAUCAGUUGUUGUCUUGACCUCAGCGCUCCCUGUAUUUCCUUUCGGGUCAAUGGGCAACCAGUGCAGGGCAUGCUGGAAAACUUCAGUGCUGACGAACUGCUGUUUCCUGUGGUCAGCUUCUCAGCUGGAGUCAGGGUGCGUCUGCUGUUUGGAGGCAGGCAGGGGGAGUUUAAGUUCCUUCCCCCUGCUGGAUUCUCCCCAUGCGCUGAAGCCUUGCUCCCCAGUGUGCGCUGUAGGUUGGAGCUGUGUGAGGAGUUCACUCGGUUUCAAGGCAAUGGCCAGCGUGACCUCUUAGGCCUUGCUGCACCCAUUGGCCCAGUGACAUUUACCCCAUCACCAGUGGACACGAGUCAAGUUGUGUUACCUCUGCAGCUUGAGCUGAUCAGAGAGAGGCUGGCUGAAAACCUUCAUGAGCUCUGGCUUUUGGAUAAGAUCGAGCAGGGGUGGACGCACGGACCCGUGAGAGAUGACAGUAAAAGAGUUCAUCCCGGACUGGUUGAGUUUUCCAAACUUCCAGACCAGGAGAGGCACAGCAAACUCCAGGCAGCCGAAAACACUGUCAGGACCCUCUUGGCUCUUGGUGCACAUAUUGGACUGUCCGAUGACCACGCUGAGGAGAAUGUGAAAUACGUCCGGCUCUCAAACAAGUAUGAACUGUGCAAUGGCUACAGACCUGCUCCAGUGGAUCAGUCCAGUAUAUCUCUCACUGCUUCCCAGGAAGCUCUGGUGGAGGCGCUGGCCGAGAACGAGCACAACAUCUGGGCCAGAGAGCGCAUCAGACAGGGCUGGACCUACGCAACACAGCAGGAUGUUAAGAGUAAGAGGAGUCCCCAGCUUGUGCCAUUUUCUCUGCUAGAGGAGAAAAGUAGGCGCUGCAGUAGAGAAGCUGCGAGGGACGCCUUGGGGACUCUACUUGGGCUUGGCUACACUGUAGAGCCACCAGAACACCAGCAGCGUCCUGAAGUGAAAGCUGCAAGUGAGGAGACAUUUCGAAUCUUCCGCGUGGAACGCCCCUUUGCAGUGCGUGAUGGAAAAUGGUAUUUUGAAUUUGAAGUGGUCACUGAUGGAGAGAUGAGAGUGGGAUGGACACGGCCUGGAAGUAAACCGCACGUGGAGCUGGGGUCAGACAACCAGGCCUUUGUGUUUGAUGGCUCUAAGGCUCAGUGGUGGCAUGGCAGUCCCAUGCCAUUGGGCCGUCUCUGGCAGAAGGGGGAUGUGAUUGGAUGUUUGCUGGAUUUAUCUCGGAAGACCAUGAUGGUCACUCUAAACGGAGAGCUGCAGCUGAACAGCUGCGGCUCUGAGAUUGCUGCCAAAGACUUCAGUGUAUCUGGUGGUUUCCUACCUGUGUGUAGUUUGGGUGUGAACCAGGUGGGGCGGCUGAAUUUAGGCCACCGGGUAAACACUCUGAAAUACUUAAACGUGUGUGGGCUUCAGGAAGGGUACCAACCUUUUGGCUGUAAUAUGAGAAGAGACCUGCCUCUGUGGAUGAGCUGGAAAGAACCUUUAUUUGUGCCUGUACUGGAGGAUCAUCCCUACCUACAGGUGACUCGCAUUGAUGGAACAGUAGAUCGCCCACCAGGUCUGAAGGUCACCCAGGCAGUGGUGGCACCAGACAGUGCCAACACUGAUGUUGAGUUCUAUCGCCUGAGCAUGCCUGUAGAGUGUGCGCAGGUGUUCUCUACACCUGUGGAGGGUUCUCUUCCUCCCAGCAGCAGCACGGUCUGCCACAUCAGAGAACCAGACGAAGGAGACAUGGACUCAGACUUUGAAGUGUUAAUGAAGUCGGUCCACAGGUACACUGGAAGCAGAGAUGAAUUGAACAACCACAAGGACCAGACCCAAGAGAAGCCUUCCAAACGCAGACAGCGCUUUCUUUUGAAGAAGAAGCCGGAGCUGAACACAAGUAGUUCUUCAGCCCGGCUACUGGAGGAGGUGCUGGCGAUUGAGAGGGAUGACUGUAACCACCUUGCCGACUGCACUAAGUAUUACUAUUCUUUGAAAAUUCUACAUGGCCAAGAUCCUUCCUGCAUCUGGGUGGGAUGGGUAACCUCAGCUUUUCGCCCCCCUGAGCAGAGCUUUGACCUAGAGAGAGUGUGCACUGUGAUGGUAACACUUGGAGAUGAGUGGGGCAAAGUUCUCCAGAGUGUCAAACGCAGCUGCUGUUACAUGGUGUGUGCAGCAGAGGGCAGUAGUCUCUCUCACAGCCGCAGCAGCAGUGGGCUUGAGAUUGGCUGUCUGGUUGACACGGCAACUGGCCUUCUUACCUUCACUGCUAAUGGAAAGGAGAUGGGAACCUACUUCCAGGUGGAACCAUGCACCAAGCUGUUCCCAGCUGUUUUCGCCAAAGCCACAACUCCUGAUGUCUUCCAGUUUGAACUUGGACGGAUCAAAGGUGUAUUGCCCCUGUCUGCUGCUGUGUUUCGGAGCGAGAAGAAUAAUGCAGGGCCUCAGUGUCCCCCAAGGAUGACCGUGCAGUGCCUUAUGCACGCAAGGUGGACCCGGUUACCUGACCACAGCCCACAGGUGGAGCUGGUUCGACUAGAGGAAAGGCACGGCUGGAGAGUGCAGUGCAAGGAAAGCCUUCAGGUCAUGACCCUGCGCAUCCCUGAGGAGGAUAGGUGCAUGGACAUUCUAGAGCUCUCCGAACAGGAACACCUGCUUGAGUUCCAUGAGCACACGCUCCGCCUCUACUCUGCCCUCUGUGCCCAUGGGAACACACCUGUAAGCCAUGCCCUGUGCAGCCAUGUGGACCAAUCACAGCUCCUUUUUGCCUUGCGAUGUCCUAGAAUGCCUGGGCCCCUGCGAGCAGGUUUCUAUGCCCUUUUAACCAACGUUCACCUCAGUGCCCACACCAGUGCCAGAAAGGCAACCGCCUAUGAGUACAUUGUGCCCAUGACCGAUGUUACACGCACCAUUACGCUCUUUCAAAGCAAUGAGAAACAUCACAGCCUCCCAGGAAGUGACAUCAGCACCUCACUGCGACCCAGAGCACACUUUGCCUUACCUUGUUUUAUUAACAUUAACAACACCGUCCAGGGCGGCUUUUGCCAGGACAGUCCUGAGUUCCCAUUGGACGUCCUGAAGGCUGUUACCACAGCGAUGCUGGAGGAGGCGUUGUACACAGUGGGGCAGUGUGUGAGAGACCCUGUGGGAGGCAGCGUAGAGCUACUGCUGGUUCCUCUCCUCCAGCUGCUUCACACACUGCUUCUCAUGGGCGUGUUUCAGAGCUCAGACCUGCGGCGUGUGCUUUUCCUCAUCUUGCCUUCUGCCUAUGUGAGAGAAAAUUUUUUAGGACUGGGGGACGGAGAUGGAGAGGUUGAUGGAAAGACAGAAGACGAGAGCAGAGAGAGAAGGACCAGCGUUCCUCUACUGGAGUUAAGGAUGAAGCUUCCAGAAGCGGUUAAACUAGAGCUGUGCCACCUGCUGCAGUACCUGUGCGACUGUCAGAUACGUCACAGGGUUGAGGCUGUGGUGGCGUUCUCCGAUGACCUUGUGGGUCAUCUCCAGGACAACCAGCGCUUCCGAUACAAUGAGGUCAUGGAGGCGCUCAACAUGUCAGCUGCUCUCACCGCCCGCAAGACCAAGGAAUUUCGUUCUCCUCCUCAAGAACAGAUGAACAUGUUGCUAAAUUUCCAAGAGGAGCAGCAGGAAUGUCCGUGUCCCGAGGAGAUCCAAGAUCUGCUCUGGGACUUUCACUUAGACAUGAGGAGCCAUUGUGGAGUUGAAAUGGAUGAAGACUUAGUUACUGAAGAUGAGCAGGAUCGGCAUGUCAGGCAUCGAUUAAAAGGUCUGCUGGACAGAAUGGUUCGUCUAAAGAGAAGGAUGUCUGGAGUAGUUGAAGAGGACAUUGUGCCUAAAUCUGUCUCUCUGCAGCAGCUUAUCUCUGACACCAUGCUGCGCUGGGCUCAGGAAGGGCCGUCAGAUGAUCCAGAUCUGGUUCAGGCUGCUUUUGGUCUGCUCCAGUGGCAGUAUGCUGGACUGUCUGGCCAGAUGGCUGCCCCUCUCCGUAAAGCCUACUGCAUCAGCCAGAGCUCAGUGGAGGACACUCUGGGCCUGCAGGAGGCACUGGGACGCAUCCGCUCACUGCUCAGGACCAGAAUGGGCAGAGAGGAAGAGGAACUCAUGAUUGGAGGACUUGGUGACAUCAUGAAAAAUAAAGUGUUCUACCAGCACCCGAACUUGAUGAGAGCACUGGGAAUGCACGAGACGGUCAUGGAGGUGAUGGUCAAUGUUCUUGGUGCUAGAGAGUCCAAGGAAAUCAUGUUUCCAAAGAUGGUGGCCCACUGCUGCCGCUUCCUGUGCUAUUUCUGUCGAAUCAGCCGACAUAACCAGAAGGCCAUGUUUGAUCACCUCAGCUACCUCCUGGACCACAGCAGUGUUGGACUUGCAUCUCCCUCUAUGCGAGGCUGUACCCCCCUGGACGUAGCUGCAGCCUCUGUAAUGGACAACUAUGAGCUGGCACUGGCCCUUACAGAAUCAGACCUGGAGAAGGUGGUGCAGUAUUUGGCAGGCUGUGGUUUGCGGAGUUGUUCUCUGCUGGUCUCUAAAGGAUACCCUGACAUCGGCUGGAAUCCCGUUGAGGGAGAGAGAUACCUGGACUUCCUGCGCUUCGCUGUCUUCUGUAAUGGUGAAAGUGUAGAAGAGAAUGCUUAUGUGGUGGUGAGGCUCCUGAUUCGUAGGCCUGAGUGCUUUGGCCCCGCCCUGCGAGGGGAGGGGGGAGACGGUCUCUUAGCAACCAUAGAGGAAGCCAUCAAGAUCUCCGAAGACCAGAGCAGAGAUGGUUCUUCCAGAGCGUACCAGUCUAGUAGCACACUGUUAGUUACUGUUUUCUCUCUUCAUCUUGAUACUCUUGAUGAUGAAGAUGAUGACAUCAUCCACAUGGGACACGCUAUAAUGACCUUCUACUCUGCUCUCAUAGACCUGCUGGGCCGCUGUGCCCCAGAAAUGCAUUUGAUAGAGGCUGGUAAGGGUGAGGCUGUUCGUAUCAGGGAGAUCCUGAGGUCUUUGAUCCCCAUGAAGGACCUUGAGGGGGUCAUCAGUGUCCCUUUUUCUCUCCCAUUUCUGGACGCAGAGGGUUCAGUUGUGGAGCUGGACAUGUCCAGGCUAUUCUGUCCGGAUCAUAAGGCAGCCAUGGUGCUGUUUCUGGACCGGGUCUAUGGAGUCCAGGACCAGGAGUUACUGCUUCGUUUACUCAAGAGAGGCUUCCUCCCUGACCUGCAAGCCGCUGUUACCAUGGAUACUACUGGUCUGGGGGGUACAGACAUGGCUCUAGCCCUGAACCGUUACGUGUGUGUGGCUGUGCUCCCGUUGCUGAGUAAAUACUCCUCCUUGCUUUGUGACCCAUCUCCUGUCCAACUGGCUACAGUGGAUGCUCUCCUACAGGCGCUCUACAGUUUCUCCAAGGCCAGCAGCCUCACCAAGGCCCAGAGGGACUCCAUCCAGGACUGCUUGCUGUCUGUGUGCGGCAAAUUGAAACCCUCCCUGUUACAACCUCUACUGCGGAAUCUUGUGCUUGAUGUCACCCAGCUGACGGAGAACACCAAGAUGCCACUUAAGCUACUGACUGAUCAUUAUGAGCGGAGCUGGAAGUACUACUGUAUGACCGGUGUGCAGGGCAGCUUUGUCUCUGCCUCGGAGGUGGAGCUACAGCUAAGCAGAAAGCUCUUUUGGGGUGUAUUCCGAGCUCUAACCAAAAAGCCUUACGAAGCAGAGCUGUUCGAGCUGACUUUAGGCUGCCUCAGUGCUGUGGCUGGGGCCAUUCCUCCUGACCACACUGAUUCCAAGUGUAGUGGUGGGUUGGAGAGAAACUCCUCACUGGACUCAGAGGGGCGGUUCUGCCCUCAGCCUCUGGACACUGCCAAUUUUAUCAGUGUAAUGUUCCUGACCAUUUCCAGUGUAACCGUGCCUGAGGCUCUGGACUAUGUGGUGAAUAAGUAUGCAGAACACACUCAUGAGAAAUGGUCACUGGAGAAGUUUGCUAAUGGUUGGGUCCACGGAGAGCAGAUGUGUGAGAGCUCUAAAGUUCACCCUCUCCUGAAGCCCUACAGAGCGUUAUCUGAGAGAGAUAAAGAAAGCUACCGAGGAGCAAUUAAAGAGACUGUGAAAAGCAUGCUGGCCUUGGGCUGGAACAUCGAUAGGACAAAGGAAGGGGAAGCAAGGGGCCUUCAUAACCCAGCUAGGAGGAUCUCACAGUCAGGGCAGCUCUCGUUUGAGGGAACCUCCACAUUCAGCCCCAAACCUGUAGACACCAGCUGCAUCACAUUGACCUGGGACCAGUAUGCCAUGGCAGAGCAGCUAGCAGAGAACUACCACAACAUCUGGGCCAAGAGGAAGCAACAGGAGCUGCAGGCUAAAGGGGGCAGUCACCCACUUCUGGUGCCCUAUGAGUCUCUGAGUGCCAGAGAAAAGAACAGAGUCCGAGAGCGAGCUCAGGAUGUGCUAAAGUUCUUCCAUAUCAACGGAUACACUGUGUGGAGGGAACGGAUGCCUGCAGACGCGGAUUCUCCUGCCAUCGCCGGCCGCUUUGCCUACUGUCUGCUCCAGCGGGCCGUUUCCUUCACAGAGCAAGCACAGGAGCAAAUGCUGGAGCUGGAGGUUGUGCAGGCUCGAGGGCAAAUGGGAAAGACAGAUAAGGUGCCCCAUGAACAACAGAUCUAUUUUUUCAUCAAGGUGAUUCUGCCUCUAAUGGAUCAGUAUUUUAAGAAUCAUCACCUCUACUUCCUGUCCAGAACACUGUGUCCCCUCAGUAACUGUGGUCACGCCUCUAGUAAAGAGAAAGAGAUGGUUACAAGUUUGUUCUGUAAACUGGGAGCACUGGCCAGACGUAGGAUUUCUCUCUUUGGUAAGGAUGCUCAGUCUGUGGUGAGCUGCCUGCAGAUUCUUGCACAGUCUCUCGAUACCAGGGCAGUGAUGAAGACGGUGGAGUGUGUACGGUCAGCCUUGUGCUCAUUCUUUGAGGGUGCAGCAAUGGAUCUGGAGCUGGCUGUGGAGAAUGUAAACACAGGACCGUAUGGUCAAAGCAGGGUCCAAGCCAGAGGGGAUGGAGAACUGAUGACCUACACCACCACCGCACUCAUUCCAGUACUGACCGCUCUGUUCCGGCAUAUAGACCAUUGCCACAGCUCUGAGGACCUGAUUGUGGAUGAAGUGGAGGCCUGCUGUUACCGCAUCCUUUGCAGUCUGUACAGUCUUGGCACUUGUAAUAACACUCUUAUGGAAAGACAGAGGCCUUUAUUAGGGGAGUGCCUUGCUGCCUUAUCAGCUGCUUUUCCUGUAUGUUUCCUGGAGCUGUCACUUAACCACAUUAGCAAUGAAGAGAAAGAAGCUCUUAGCUAGCCAGACGAGGGUGAGGGGCUGUGCACAGUCCUUCCUUCCCUGCAAGAAGCUUUCUCAGAAGUCGAGGAUCUGGCAGAGGCAGGGUCUUCUGCCCGCCAUGCCCUUCUGUCCAGGGUCAUGGAGGUCAUCUGUCCAAUGCUGUGUAGCUAUGUGUUCCGGUGGGGUGAAGCAACUGACCCAGAAGCUCAGGAGCUCCAAGACAGGCCGUGCUCCUGUCUCACAAUACGGGAUACCAACACCCUCCUGGGACAAAGCCUCUCUAUCAUCCACGCCCAGCUUGGUACACCUGACUGCAGCUGGAUGAAACAAAUUGCAAUUUUUGUUCAGCCACUUGUUCAUAAGGCGGAGCCCCGCCUCCUAAAGAGUCAUUUCCUGCCUUUGAUGGAAAAACUAAAGAAGAGGGCAGAGUCGGUGCUGCAGGAAGAGGAGCGGAUGAAGACGGAGGGGUGUGGCAAUUUGGCAGAGGCGGAGCUUGCUAUCCAGGGGAAGUUUACCGUGAUGGUGCAAGAUCUGUAUGCUUUUUACCCCCUCCUCAUCCCAUUUGUAGACCAUCAUAGAAUGAGCUGGCUGAGAGAAAUGAAUGAAGACGCUGAGAGGCUCUUCUUCCUGGUAGCAGAUGUUUUCAUUUUCUGGGCUAAAUCUCACAACUUCAAGUGGGAGGAGCAGAACUUUGUGGUUCAGAAUGACAUCAACAACAUGACAUUUCUGGUGGGCGGUGGGAACAGCCAAAUGGCCAAGGUUUGCUCUCUGGACUUGAGGAAGAUGAAGAGGAGCAAGGAUGAGCGAUACUCGGCGCACACCUCACUGAUCGUGGCCGCUCUGAAGAAGCUCCUCUCCAUUGGGCUGAACCAAUGUUGCCAUGGCGAUCGGGGCCUGAUUGCUGUGGCAAAGGGCCGUUUCUCUGAGAAAGACACAGAGGAUGAGGUUCGAGCAUGCAUUCACAGCAACCUGAAAGAGGACAUUUCUGAUCGGUCAGUGGAAUCCUUACGUGUUGAGAGGAUCCUGACCAUCGCUCGUGUCCUUUUCUAUCUGGAUCAGGUCGAGCAUCCUCAGAGGAAUAAGAGAGCAGUGUGGCAGAAGCUGCUAUCCAAGCAGAGGAAGCGGGCAGUGGUGGCCUGUUUCAGGAUGACCCCUCUCUACAACCUGCCCAGGCACAGAGCAGUGGAUUUGUUUCUGCAAAGCUACAGAAAGAACUGGGUGGAGGCAGAGGAGGGCUUGUACGAGAACAAGCUGAUUGAAGAUUUAGCAAAAGCAACAGAUGGAGAGAGAUUCAAGAAGGAGAGCAGAGAGGGAACGAAGGAGAACAAAAAGACUGACCCGCUUCAUCAACUCAUCACUUUCUUCCGUCAAAGUGCCCUAAGUGAGAGGAGCAAACCAAAAGAGGAUGCUCUGUACCUGGGCUAUGCUGACAUCAUGGCCAAGAGCUGUCAGACUGAUGAUGACGAUAAUAAUGAUAAAGAGGUGAAAUCCUUUGAGGAGAAAGAGCUGGAGAAGCAGAGGCUGUUGUAUCAGCAGGCCCGAUUACAUGAUCGCGGAGCAGCAGAGAUGGUCCUACAGAGGCUCAGUGACAGCAAAGGUACUAUGGGGCCAGUGGCGGCGUCCACUCUUCAGCUUGGUAUAGCCAUCCUGAAUGGAGGGAAUACUGCUGUACAGCAGAAAAUGCUGGACUACCUGAGAGAGAAAAGGGAUGUGGGAUUCUUUCACAGCCUGGCUGGUCUCAUGCAGUCCUGCAGUGUGUUGGAUCUGAAUGCUUUCGAGAGGCAGAUCAAAGCUGAGGGCUUAGCAGUGGCAGCUGAAGACAACACAGGUGAUAAGGUUAUGGCAGAUGAGCAGUUGACCUGUGACCUCUUCCGGUUUCUUCAGCUGCUUUGUGAAGGACAUAAUACAGAUUUUCAGAAUUAUUUGAGGACUCAGACAGGAAACAACACCACAGUCAAUAUCAUCAUCUCCACUGUGGACUACCUGCUCAGAGUGCAGGAAUCUAUCAGUGACUUCUACUGGUAUUACUCUGGGAAAGAUGUGAUCGAUGACCACGGCCAACGCAACUUCUCCAAGGCCAUCAGGGUGGCCAAGCAAGUCUUCAAUACACUUACUGAAUAUAUUCAGGGUCCAUGCACUGGGAACCAGCAGAGUCUGGCACAUAGUCGCCUGUGGGACGCUGUGGUGGGCUUCUUGCACGUCUUUGCCCACAUGCAGAUGAAACUAUCUCAGGAUUCCAGUCAGAUUGAGCUGCUGAAGGAACUGAUGGAUCUACUUAAAGACAUGGUGGUGAUGCUGCUGUCUUUGCUAGAAGGAAAUGUGGUAAAUGGGACAAUUGGCAAGCAGAUGGUAGACAUGCUGGUGGAAUCAUCCAGCAACGUUGAGAUGAUCCUCAAGUUUUUCGAUAUGUUCCUGAAGCUCAAAGACCUCGUGUCUUCCGACUCCUUCAAAGAAUAUGACCCAGAUGGGCAUGGGCUCAUCUCCAAGAAGGACUUCCAGAGGGCCAUGGAGGGCUACAAGCGCUACACGCUAUCUGAGAUAGAGUUUCUCCUGUCGUGCGUGGAGAUGAACGAAAACAAGCUCUUGGAUUACCGGGCCUUCGUGAGCCGCUUUCAUGAACCAGCCAAAGACAUCGGCUUCAACGUGGCGGUUCUCCUGACCAACCUGUCCGAGCACAUGCCUCAUGACACUCGGCUGCAGAACUUUCUUGAGGUGGCUGAAAGUGUGCUGAGGUACUUCCAGCCUCACCUGGGCAGGAUCGAGAUAAUGGGCAGCGGGAAGCGUAUCGAGAGGGUCUACUUUGAGAUUAGUGAAUCGAGCCGCAUGCAGUGGGAGAAACCACAGGUGAAGGAGAGCAAGCGCCAGUUCAUCUUUGACAUGGUGAAUGAGGGAGGAGAGAAAGAGAAGAUGGAGUUGUUCGUUAACUUCUGUGAGGACACCAUCUUUGAGAUGCAGCUGGCCUCUCAGAUCUCUGGCUCUGACCGUGGGGAGGAGGCCAAGGGGAUAGAAAAGAAUGGAACGGAGGAAAGAAAAGAGAAGGAUGGAAAUGUCUGUGAAGAAAAAGGCGACGCUGAAAAGCCAAGAGGCUUUUUCUCAUCUUUCUCUUCAAAGAUGAAAUACAUCCUCCUGGCCCCUCUAUAUGGCUUGAUGAUGAUCCUUUCUCUCCUCUCAGUAAAGAACUUGAGGAAGUGGAUGAAAAAGACGACCGUGAGGGGCUUAUUAUUGGCCAUCUUUUUCUUUUUCCAGAAUGUUCUAAAAGGCGUUGUUCAUAUAAUUUUAGGCAUCAUUUGCUUCUUCAUCAAUCUGCUCUACCUCGUCUUUCUGAGCGGAUGGAUUAUUGAAGUUGCCAAAGAGACGAAAUUCUCUGAACUCUUUGGCAGUUUACAGGACCCCACCCUGGAUGAGGUCACAGGGGUCAACGAGGGCGUCACUGAGGUACUGGGUCAGACACACACCCUCUCAUCUCAGGAUGUACUGAGGGCGGUGAGCCUCAAUUUGUCAGCCGUGUCCAGAAACCCUCAGCUGCUUACUGAUAUAUUCGGCCUCCAGCUGAGAAAGAAAGGAGGGCAUUAUACUUUGCUGACCAGAGAGUCAAGUGAAAGCCUCAGCGACCUGGUCAAUCCCUCCAAAUUCCAGCAGGUCGUUGUGUCUGAGGAAGAUUUGGAGGAGCAAGAGAAGCAGUCCGAGACUGAAAAGGCUGAAAGAGAGGAAGAUGAGAAGAAGGAUACGAGGAAGGAGCAGAAGCCCAGAAGAAGAAUCAGGAAAGCCAGCUCGCACAAGGCAGUGGAGCCAGAUGUUCAGGAAUCAGCUGCUUGGAAAAUGAUCUGCUCUCGGAAGACUAAACUGCUCAAUUAUUUUGCCAGGAAUUUCUACAACAUGCGAGUGCUAGCGCUGUGUGUGGCUUUCACCAUCAAUUUCAUCCUUCUGUUCUACAAGGUGUCCUCCAACGAAGCUGAUGGUGGAACUGAGGAACGUGUGACUGAUCUCAGAGAAGAGAAUGGAGGGGCUGUGUGUUUUGUCCUGGGGGAAAGCGGUUACAUGGAGCCUGUUCUCCGCUGUCUAGCUGUCUUACACACUCUUAUUGCUUUCUGUUCUAUCAUUGGCUACUACUGUCUGAAGGUUCCCUUAGUGAUCUUUAAGCGGGAGAAGGAACUGGCACGCAAGAUGGAGUUUGAUGGUGUCUAUGUGACAAAGCAACCUUCUGAAGAUGAUAUCAAAGGCCAGUGGGACAGACUGGUCAUUAACACUCCGUCUUAUCCAAGUAAUUACUGGGAUAAAUUUGUGAAGAGAAAGGUGAUGGCUAAGUACGGUGAAUUGUACGGCUCCGCUCGGAUUAGUGAGCUGCUGGGUUUGGAUAAAACGGCGCUGGACUUUAGCUCUGAGGCACAGGACAGGAGGACACCAUCCCGUGAGAGUCUCAUCAGUGCUCUAUUGAGUACUAUUGAUAUGAAAUAUCAAGUAUGGAAACUAGGAGUGGUGUUCACCGACAAUUCCUUCUUGUACCUUGCCUGGUACAUGCUGCUGUCAGUCCUAGGUCACUAUAAUAAUUUCUUCUUCGCUGCACAUCUGUUGGACAUUGCCAUGGGCUUCAAAACGCUACGCACCAUUCUGUCAUCUGUCACUCACAAUGGCAAACAGUUGGUGUUGACUGUAGGACUCCUGGCUGUGGUGGUGUAUCUCUACACUGUAGUGGCCUUCAACUUCUUCCGCAAGUUUUACAACAAAAGCGACGAUGGGGAAUCUGUGGACAUGAAGUGUGACGACAUGCUGACGUGUUACAUGUUCCACAUGUACGUUGGGGUCCGAGCUGGAGGAGGGAUCGGUGAUGAAAUCGAGGACCCAGCAGGAGAUGAGUUUGAGUUCUACCAUGUCAUCUUUGACAUCACCUUCUUCUUCUUUGUCAUUGUUAUCCUCCUGGCCAUCAUUCAGGGUCUGAUCAUUGAUGCCUUUGGAGAGUUGAGAGACCAACAAGAGCAGGUGAAAGAGGACAUGGAGACUAAGUGCUUUAUCUGUGGCAUUGGGAGUGAGUACUUUGAUGCUGUGCCCCAUGGCUUUGAGUCUCACACUCUACAAGAACACAACCUGGCCAACUAUUUGUUCUUCGUGAUGUACCUCAUCAAUAAAGAUGUGACAGAACACACAGGACAGGAGUCAUACGUAUGGAAGAUGUACCAGGAGCGCUGCUGGGAAUUUUUUCCUGUCGGAGAUUGCUUCCGUAAACAGUAUGAAGAGCAGCUCAGUAAGGAGAUUCCCUAAAUAUUCAGACAUAAAGAACUAUCCUUAUAGAUUUGCUGAGGAACGGCCAUCAG